CCUUUGUUCACUUCCGGGAUUUGCACAUGAUCAAUCACUACCUUGUGUCAGAACAAUAACAAAAUGACUGAUACCUGCCAAAAACCAGAAAGACAAUGAAUGUGUCUUAAUUAUUAUCAAGGUACUCCCUCAAACAUGACAUAAACAAGGCCACAGGGGAGUCCCUCCAAGAUGGCCGACGGACAAGACGUAGUGUUCCAGCCCGAGUUUGAGUCUGCCGAGGAAGAACUGCUGCAUCAUGCUCGUCAUGGGUGUGCAUCCCGUGUCCUGAAGCUGGUUGUUCCAGGUGCUGACAAUGACGUGGUCCUAGACAUCAACUGCAAAGGUAAAAAGAAGUUUAACCGAGGAUGGACCCCUCUACACUUGGCGUCAUACUUUGGACACUAUGACACGGUGAAGAUACUUUUACAGAAUGGAGCUGAUCUGAAUGUUGUGAACACAGUUGGAGACACACCACUACAUCAGGCUGCACACACAGCAAGGGAGCAAGUUCUCACAGUCCUGCUGGAGUAUGGAGCUAAUGUGACGGCCGUGAACUCCGAGGGGCAUCAGCCAAGAGACCUGGCCCGGAACCCCAACGUGAGACGGCUUAUAGAAGCGGCCGAGGUCCAUGAAAGCAAACGCCACGAGGAGGAGUUCCUUCAGGCAGCUGCGAUCGGGAACAUGGAUGGUGUUUCAGACAAGCUGCAGAAGAGUCAUGUGAACAUCAACUGCAUCGACAGGUUCGGCAACACGGCGCUGCAUAUAGCCGCGCUGAGGGACAAGAAGGAAGCGGCGGUGUUCCUGCUGCAGAACGGCAUCAACACUGCCAUCAAGAACAACAAUAAUCAGCUGGCGGCGGACAUGGCGAGGACCCAGCCCAUGAGGCAGCUGUUGGGGGUUCGGGGGGUCAAGGCGCUACAGCUGCAGCCUCAGAGGUUUGAGGGCCAGCUGUUAAAGAAAUCUCGGAUAUUGGGCUUCCGACCAGUAUGGGUCAUUGUGGAAAGAGGAGUACUGGCUUACUUUGAAAACAGGGGCGACGCCAGUACAGGUUCAAAAAGAAAAGGAAUGAAAUAUCUAGAUGAAGCCAAAGUAUAUGUGCCUUCAGCUGCAAGCCGUGAGAUGAAGAUCUCAUUCUCAGAUGGGACGACGCACACACUCAGUGCAGACCCAGCUGAUGGUGGCCUCAUCACUAAACAGAAAUGGCUAAAUGCUUUAACAGAACACAUAGGAUUUAGUACCCAUUACACUCACCAGGGGGAGGCACAGAAUGAGUACGCAGACGACAUUGUUCCUCUGGGGACCAUGCAAGAAGCACUACAGACAGCCCAGGCCCAUCAGAAGCUGCUGGAGAGGCAGGUCAAGCUGAUGUCCCAGAAGGUGGAACAAGUGAAGCAGUCCUCGCCCGGCAACACCUCUGUCAGUGAUGGCCUGAAGUCCGUGCACCAGGAAGUGGUCAGCAUCCAGACAUCGUCCCAGGACAUGUGCACCAGUCUUGCUCACUGCAUGACGCUCUUCAGUCAACAAGAGGAGAUCAGGCAGUUACAACUAAAAGAAGAAAUGGAGAAAAGUCGGGUUUUACAAGAAGCACUGCAUGCUCUUGCCACAGAACAUCAUGAGUUGGAGAAAUCUAUAAGUAGUCACAAGUCAUCAAUACGGUAUUACGACACUGAUGAUGAUGAGUUCUAUGAUUGUAGUGAUGAUGGGGAUGAAGUCUUUGGGUCCCCAAGAUAUGAGUCUUUUGCCGAGUCUUUCACAGAUGCCUUAUCUCAGGACUUUGAUGUGAGUUCUACAAAUGGGAAAACAAGUACAGCAAUCAAACCGUGGGCAAGAGUCCGCCUCCCAGUGCCUAUGUUCUCCCGCCAAGAGUUCAGUAUUUGGAGUAUACUCAAGCAGUGCAUCGGAAAGGAACUGUCCAAGAUCACUAUGCCUGUGAUAUUCAACGAGCCAAUCAGCUUCAUCCAGCGAAUCUCCGAGUAUAUGGAGUACAGCUACCUCCUGGAUGAGGCCAGUCGACAGGCCGACCCAGUCAAGCGGAUGCAGUAUGUAGCAGCUUUUGCGGUGUCAGCAAUUUCUUCCAACUGGGAAAGAAUAGGAAAACCCUUCAACCCUUUGUUAGGGGAAACGUAUGAGUUGGAACGACCUGACCUGGGGUACAAGCUGGUCGGGGAGCAAGUCAGCCACCACCCUCCUGUCAGCGCCAUCCACGUCACCUCCCCUAAGUAUACCUUCCACGGAUCCAUCAACCCCAAACUCAAGUUCUGGGGCAAGUCAGUUGAGAUCAACCCCAAGGGGACUAUCACAUUAGAAUUAAAAGAACACAACGAGGUGUAUACAUGGCAGAAUGUCAACUGUUGUGUACACAACAUCAUUGUCGGCAAACUCUGGGUUGAACAUUAUGGGACAAUGGAAGUUACGAACCACUCCACGAAACACAAGGCUGUCCUCAACUUCAAACAGGGAGGCUGGUUCGGAAAAGAUCUCCAUAAAGUAGAAGGUUUUAUAUAUGACUCCAGUAAGCGGAAAUGUAAAGCGAUGUACGGGAACUGGGUGCUAGGGAUGUACUCCUGUGAGGCAGACACCUACGAGUCCUUCAUCAAAAACACAUCCUCCAACUCAUCUCCCAGCCAUAAUGCAUAUCCAAAGGCAAAUGGUGCAUCGUCAUCGAAGGGUGCAGGUGAUGAUGUAGCAGACGACAUUCCCAGCAAAAACUUCCAGCCAUACGAUCUGGGUCUGCCUGGUCAGCUGACCUUGUGGAGAGCCAAUCCCAGGCCAGAGGAUUCUCAUAAGUAUUUCUGUUUCACGUCGUUCUCCAUGGGGCUGAACGAGCUGCGGGAGGGGAUGCAGGACCAACUCCCACCCACAGACUCCCGACUCAGGCCCGACAUGAAGCUGAUGGAGGAUGGCAAUAUUGAUGCAGCAGCUCUGGAGAAAAAUCGCCUGGAGGAGAAGCAGAGAGCCGCCAGAAAGGACAGGAAGAAAACAAAGAAAGAAUGGACACCACUAUGGUUUGAGUACACAACCAAUCCAGCCACAGGCAAGGAAGACUGGAUGUUCAAGGGAGACUACUGGCGAAGGGAGUGGACAGCAUGUGCAGAUAUAUUCUGAUUCCUCCUCCCAGCUAGGACCUAGGUGUACAUAGAAGACUUCCACUAGAAUAUGCAAUAGUUGUAUAUAGACUACAGUCCUGUAGACCACCAGCCUUGUGAUGAUGAUGAUGAUGAUGAUGAUGAUGAUGAUAUGCAAAUGUGGACUGUUUUAUCAUUGCUGGCAAACUGUGUUGGUCUGUGAUUGGAUGAUUUGUUCACAUGUGAAUUUUGAUUGGAUGAUUCAACAGAGGAUCAAUUGAUAUGGAAUCUGAUCUGAUUGGUUGAUUUUUUUCACAGAAUGUGAUUGGUUAUAUGAGAUGGUUAUUGGUUGUUUAAAUUUCCUCUGGUCUGUGAUUGGAUGACGUGAAGCCAUUGUUGGUUAUGAAAACACACAAAACUGAAAUGAUACCGAUUUGGACACACAAGGUCUCGAUUGUCAUACCAAGCCAAAAGAUCUGGGCGUUUUUGAAGAAACUUAGGGUGACAUUCGGUGAACAACAACAGCAGUAAGAUCUUUUUAUACGGAUGGUGUAUGAUAUUUUUUCAAGUUGACAAUUGGAAGGAAAAUUUGUGAAAUGACGCAUGGAUGAAGCAAAUAUCAUCAUAUGAAAUAUCAUUACACCAGUUACAUUGGACAGACUUCAAAACCAAGACCAAACAUGUGCAUAUAAAGUCUGAAAUGGAAACCCACUAUUAUAUACCAUGAUAUAUCAUUGGCUUAUCAGGUAUUGGCUAAUGGAUGAAGACAGCUAUAAGUAUCCUGUAUGAAUGUUCUUCUGUGAAUGGUUUAUAUGGUGUGGAUGGUGUAGAGCAAUGAAAGCCCUGCCUGUCCUGUCUUGGUUAUAAAACACAUUUGUAAAGAAAUACAUAUUCAGGGAUGAGGGAAUUAACCUACAAAGUCUAUUAGCCACAGUUUUCAUUAAAUAUGAUCAAACACCCCAAAUGGUUUAUAACUUCUUUUCGCCCAUCAAGAUACCUUAUGCAGUAGGGAAUCUUUAUAUUGUGUUUGAAAAUGUGUGAAAGUCAAGGGAACAUGACCCGAAUGUGAAUGGUUAAACAUUUUGGGGCCUCUAGAUUCAGAUAAUAUAGGAGCAAAGGACCCAACAACUGUAUGGACUUGUGAUAAUCGUAGCACUGUUGGGACUUGCGAUGACUGUAGCAUUCGAGGGACUUGUGAUGAUUGUAGCACUCUAGGGACUUGCGAUGACUGUAGCACUGUAUGGACUUGCGAUGAUUGUAGCACUCUAGGGACUUGCGAUGAUUGCAGCACUCUAGGGACUUGUGAUGAUUGUAGCACUCUAGGGACUUGCGAUGAUUGUAGCACUGUAUGGACUUGUGAUGAUUGUAGCACUCUAGGGACUUGCGAUGAUUGUAGCACUGUAUGGACUUGUGAUGAUUGUAGCACUCUAGGGACUUGCGAUGAUCAUAGCACGUUCGUGACUCACAAUUAUCAUAGCACUGUAGGAUCUUACGAUAAAUGUAACACUGUAGAGACUUACAAUGAUGUUAGUACUGUUGGGACUUACGAUGAUGUUAGUACUGUUGGGACUUACGAUGAUGUUAAGACUUGCGAUGAUUGUAGCAUUGUGAUGUCAUCAUGGAGAGAGGGAAAGGUAGAACUGAAACAAUUGAAAAUGAUAAUGAUUGUUACAUGACUUUGUAUGGAUGGUUGGUGUAUAGGUGUUUAGAAAUGUUACAUUGAAAUAAUACAAGAAGCUUAUAAUCACAGAUGAAGCUACCCUAAUGUAAUUUUUGAAUAAUACAUGACCUUAAGUAAUCAGAAUAUAUACAGGUCAGUAGACUUGACAGAAGAGCAGCUAGAAUACAUUCAUGGCUACACCCUGGCAGUACAUCUACCCUGAUAGUACACCCUGGCAGUAUAUCUACCCUGAUAGAACACCCUGGCAGUACAUCUACCCUGAUAGUACACCCUGGCAGUACAUUUACCCUGGCAGUACAUCUACCCUGAUAGUACACCCUGGCAGUGAAGCUACCCUGGAAGUACAUCUACUCUGAUAGUACACCCUGGCAGUACAUCUACCCUGGCAGUACAUCUACCCUGAUAGUACACCCUGGCAGUACAUCUUCCUGAUAGAACACCAUGGCAGUACAGCUAACCAGAUAGUACACCCUGGCAGUACAUCUACCCUGGCAGUACAUCUACCCUGAUAGUACACCCUGGCAGUGAAGCUACCCUGGAAGUACAUCUACUCUGAUAGUACACCCUGGCAGUACAUCUACCCUGGCAGUACAUCUACCCUGAUAGUACACCCUGGCAGUACAUCUUCCUGAUAGAACACCAUGGCAGUACAGCUAACCAGAUAGUACACCCUGGCAGUACAUCUACCCUGGCAGUACACCCUGGCAGUUAAGCUACCCUGGAAGUACAUCUACUCUGAUAGUACACCCUGGCAGUGCAUCUACCCUGGAAGUACAUCUACCCUGAUAGUACACCCUGGCAGUACAUCUACCCUGGAAGUACAUCUACCCUGAUAGUACACCCUGGCAGUACAUCUACCCUGGAAGUACAUCUACCCUGAUAGUACACCCUCAUCUACCCUGAUAGUACACCCUGGCAGUACAUUUACCCCGGAAGUACAUCUACCCUGAUAGAACACCCUGGAAGUACAUUUACCCCGGAAGUACAUCUACCCUGAUAGACAACCCUGGAAGUACAUCUUCCUGAUAGAACACCCUGGCAGUACAGCUAACCAGAUAGUACACCCUGGCAGUACAUCUUCCUGACAGUACAUAUUGAUCAAAUGCUGUCCAAAACAUUCCUACUAUUUUGAUAAAUCACCCAGUAACCAUGGUUACACUUUUCUCUUCCCUUCACCCUGCUUCGUGUACACCUAGGGCUGCACCCACGUCCCAUCACACCUGGUCAUGUACACUUCUUGUAUGUUGAUAUGCAAUUUAGUCACAGCUGUGUCUGUUGUUUUCGAAAAGCAUCGAAAUAGUUAGACUAGCUCAUACCUCUCCUCAGAUAACCUGGCUGUGCACUGCAUUUCAAUCGUUCAACACACAGGAACAGCUGGACUUGACUGUACUUGGUCCUAGGCCCUCAUCCUCAAAGCAAUCUUAGUUCUCCAGCGAUCAUAAGCCUGUGUUAAGUACGGGUGUAAAGAUGAGGGUUAUUGAUGAGCAUAUUAUAGCCUGUAUGUGUGAGGAUGGGUAAGGUGUCAUAUACAUAUCAGUCGUUGAUGUUGUUUGGUAUUAUGGGUAUGACCGUCAAAACCAGUCGCAUAAUCAUUGCAGUAUGAAAGGGGUUGUAUCUCAUUAUAUUUUGUAAGAAAAGUUCUCCGGAUCCUCUUUUGAUACUGAUGAGGAAUCAAUCCUUACUGGUUUGUCAAAACUUGUACAAUUCAGCUUAUUUUUACAGAGGCACGUGUUUGUGGUUUGAUACUUUUGAUUGACCUAUCAGGGUUGGUUUUUAAAGUCACGGGAAAAAAGCAUAAUUCCAGCAAUAUCACUGCAUGGGACACUUCUCGUGUUACCCAUGUGAGGAAUCAAACACAGAUCUUAUAGGGUGAGAUGAGCCAACACUUUUACCACUAGGCCACCUCACCACCCUUAGUCAUGGUUGAAGACUGAAAAAAACAACAGAAAAUGAUAUUUCUUUCUGAUGUGAAUUUGUAAAAUGUCAUUGAAAUGCCAUGCCAUUCAUUAUCAGGUGUAGAGUACCAAAUGAGGAGAUGCUCCCUUCUAUACCUCAACACUAGGAUUUGUUUGUUUGUUUGUUUGUUUGUUUGUUUGUUUGUUUGACGUCACACUCAGGAAUAGUCCAGCUAUACUCCGCAGCCUGAAGAUUAUCAAGUCUGGACAUGAGAAACAAUGGUUGAUAUUUUGAGCAACGUGUUACAUGAUUUGAGUACAAUGACUCACAAUCUACUAAGUCAAAGAACCAGACGAACUGGUCCAUUAAGGAACCUGGUAUUGUGUGUGUGACCAAUUCUAACACAGAUUCCCCAGAGGGGUCUAGACUCGGGGAAGUAGGGGAGCCUCGUAGUUAAGAUUGUUGGCUUGGUAUUCUAAAGAUCUGAUUUGAUUUCUCACAAUCUCUGCUCAGUCACCUCUCAACUGCACAAGCUUGGUCCAUGUAUAUAUUUAUGAGAGGCAAUGGGAAAUCAGAUGAUAUAGCAUUAUCAGGGGCUUCGUGUGGAACUUGAGUGAAUGAAGUGCGCAACACACUGUUUUAUAUGUCCACAUGUGUGAUGGAAGAUGUGUCACAUGGUAGAUGUGUUACACUUCGGCCUGUGACAAGAUGAACUUCAUAGUUUUUAAGUGCCAGCAAAUAUGGGACAGCUAGUUCAAGUGUGGGAGAGUUGCAACACCUUCCUAGAACACAUAGAACAGCAAGAGAUGAGAUAACAGCUGAAAUGUGGAGGAGAGUUGAGCCACAGCUGAUCACCUAGUUGUUGUAGUUCUCAUGGAUGUUCUUAAAGCUAUGGCAGACUAGAUAUCUGAUGAGGUUGCCUCCUUAUUAAGUUAGAUCUAACAUAUAGGAAGCAGAUGAAUCGUGAAUGCAGUCAGGGUGUAGAUAUGUUACCAUGUCAGACUACAUGUUUAUGUAAAAAUUGAGAUUCAGGUUUACCUGCUAACUAUGUCGGUACACUAUGUGUCGAGAACAUUAUCUGUUGCAGUAUGGGAAAUGUCAUUAACUAACUAGGGAUGACUCUUGUUCCUCUUGCCCAGAGAAAUGGCUGCCAAACAUCUAUAAAAACCUGCUCAUUUGUUCUUGAACUUACCUUUCAUGUUUUUUUUGCAAACUCUUGAGCACAACAUAAUGCUGACAGGGGACUCCAAAAUUUGGCACUGUUUAGACUUGACAUUCACCAAUUUGGCACUAACUAUCCAUGAGUUAUCAGGAUAGAUAAAAUUUGGGCAUUGUUUUCAGAAUCCUGGUAGUGCAAGGGAGGAAAGGUGAAACAUUUGUGGAUGUAAUUGAUAUUUACAUGAUAUCAAACUACGAAACACAACAUUAUUGAUUACAGUGUUUAAAACAUGCACUCCAUAACAGGAAAUACUAUUAAGAUUGUCAGUCACUUUGCCUAUCAACUAAUUAUUGGAGCUGUUUUAGUUUCAUAGAUGUUUGAAUGAAGUUAGUUUUCUACCACUCUAUCCCGGACAGUCGUAUAUUGUUUCAAUAAUCUCGACCCUUUGUCAGUGUUCUAAGUACGCUUGUUAUGGGGCUGCUUCAAAGUCUUGCAUUUAUGUAGCAGAGAUGUGCAAAGAUCAAGAGAAGUUAACUUCUUAUCUUCUUGCAGAUUUGUUGUCAACUAAUGUAGAUUCUUGUAAAUUAGGCUAUAGCGAUCUCAUUAAAGUCAGAUAUUGUGGUCCAAUUUGAUACCUCUGUGUCAACAUUUGAAAAAUCCACCAUAGGAGUCAUGUGGGGUCAUUGGGAUUUUCUAAAUUCUUGGUACUAUCGAAGGAAGCAUAUAUAACUUCUGGAUCCUAACAGGCAGUUCCAAAUGGUGAAUAAUGAUGGCUAUAUUGUCCCAUAUCCCAUAUAUAUUGUCAUUCACACAAGAUGGUUUUGCCUCAAAAACACAUGUAUCCUUCAUGUUGAUUGGAAGGCCAAUUUCUCUAAGACGACCUACUAUUACAACAAGUAUCAUCUGUAAAAUGCCUGAAUUGGGGGAGAUUGUUACCUAUGGUAUUGAAGGAUGGUACACAGAAGCCCACAACUUUAAGCUAGAGCUGUUUUAAGUUUGGUCUUUUCUGUCUUUUCAGAAAUUUUAAAACUUUUUUUUGUAUCCAAAUGAAUGAAAACCAGAAUAUGUUAACAUGGCUUUUGAAUCUCUGAAUGUCAAACUUAUGUCCAACUGAAAUAAAGCUACAGAACACCUGAUUCUUUCAUAUGACCAUAAUUAAUCUGUCAUGACAGUUAACAAUAGUAAUAGGAUUGAAUCGAUGCUCAUGUUGUUAAUCACUGGAUUGUCUGGUCCAGAUUCGACUAUUUACAGACCGCCGUCAUAUAGCUGGAAUAUUGCUGAGUGUGGCAUUAAACAACAAACAAACUGUAGCCAAGACAUUCUGUUAGUCAGUGUAAAUGUAAGCAGCAGUCUCCCCUUUGUCCCCUGAUGCGAAGAGGUGAAGUAAAAAUAAGUGCUACAUGUUGCGUCCAUGUGUUUCAUGGGGAAUGUAUUGUUAUCUCAUGUUGCGUUAAUAACGCAAAACACAAAUGUUUCUGUGAUUGAUUUUCAUGUUGUGCAUAGAAGUAUUCUUGUGAGAGCCUGUCAGGUUUGUGUAUGCAUGUGUAUUUUCCACAUGGAAUCAAAUAUUGUACAUAGGAGUGAAUGUGACCAGUGACUGUACCAUGAGUUGCAGGUGAUAUGACACUAUUUAUCCUGGGUAUUAGCAUUGUGUGUACUUGAUGUGCAUUCCAUAUAUGGCAAAUAGCAAUGUCACAUGAUACCACUGCCAUGACACAUGUGAUAAGUAUCAUUGUGAUAGAGAACAUUUUCACUGUGCAGUUUCUUGAUUAAGAAAUAUGAUUAAUGAAUUCAACAUUAAAACUUUGAAUUGUCAAUUCAGGCAAAUAGAAUCAAAUUUGGUCUCUGUGUAGUCCUUAAGGUAUGCAUAAUUUUGGAAAACUUCUUAAAGCCAGUUGUUAUGUAUCUACUCUUGGGCUACUUCCAAGAGUCUAGUUACUUGUCAUGUUGUAAACCCAAUAUAUUCUAUUGUUACUGCCUAUGAAAUAGAGGUUUAGUUUAUGUAAUGUGGAAUAGAUAUUUCACUGUGUGUUUUUGUUUCGUUUUGCAAAACAGUAUGAUUGCCCCGAAAUCAUUGUAUGAUAUCAAUAUAUAAUGUCAUGUUGAUGUAGUGUAUCAACACCUGUCAUGCUCUAUAUUUAGGGUUGAUGGGGAGAAGAACAGGCUUGGUUCAACAUGUUUCAAUAUUGUUGGACUCUGGUACAAUGUUUUGUGUUACUUCUUGACCUUGACAGUGACCCUGGCACAAUGUUCUGUGUUACUUUCUGACCUUGACACUGACCCUGGCACAAUGUUUUGUGUUACUUCCUGACCUUGACACUGACCCUGGCACAAUGUUUUGUGUUACUUCCUGACCUUGACACUGACCCUGGCACAGUGUUUUGUGUUACUUCUUGACCUUGACACUGACCCCGGCACAAUGUUUUGUGUUACUUCCUGACCUUGACACUGACCCUGGCACAGUGUUUUGUGUUUCUUCUUGACCUUGACACUGACCCUGGCACAGUGUUUUGUGUUACUUCUUGACCGUGACACUGACUCCGGCACAAUGUUUUGUGUUACUUCUUGACCUUGACACUGACCCGGGAAAAUGCUUUGUUACUUCUUGACUUUGACAGUGAGCAUAAAUAUAUUACGGUCUUCAUGUGUGACAUCAGCCAUCUUGAGUAUGUCCUCAAUGCCAACUGGAAAGUUAAACACACUGAUCCUUAAUAUAUUUGUACUUAAAAGGACACAGAUAUUGGAAAUUAGGCAGCUCUAAUGUUUGAAACUGUGAUCAAAAACAAUUGUUUGAAAAACAGGUCUUAAAUGUAACUUUAGCUGUGUGGAAAUGGUGAGGGGUUGUGAGGUGGGAUAGAAACCCACCUGUAUUUGUUACUGAUGACUUGUUUUGGGAGGAUGAAUAUAAAUAUGUCAGUAGUGGUUAUCUGACUUUCUGGGUGAAAUUAAUAAGUGUCUUUGUCAAAGCUGCCAUCUUUCCUUCCUAAGGUGAGAUUCACCUGCAUAUUUGCUUGUGUUGGAGAAUGUGUCGGGGAACACAAGCCACCAGUGUGUUACAAUGUUGUUCAGAACACAAGUCACAUGCUUCACUGUAUGCACUUCACACAAUACCACAGUAACAUGUCAAAAAUGUACAUAGAUCAUAUUAAAAUACUGCCAUAGAUA